UCCUGUCCCUCCACUGAUUGAAUUACACUUUAUUCCUGUCCUCCACUGAUUGAGGUAAGUGGGUAGUCAAUUAUUAUGGUCUUCGUCAUAAAUAAUUUGAAUCAAUCAUUAUGUUCACAUACAAUACACAUCACUAUACACCUCUUGUUAAUUUAAUUACUUACAACUACAAGCUAGCAGCAGCAGAUUCAUAGAUAAUCACUUCCCAGGUCUCACUGAUGAAAUGGACUUCUUAUCAGCAAUUGUUGGUCCCGUCGUUGAAUCUUUAUUGGUGCCUGUAAAGAAACACCUGGGCUUUCUCCUUUCCUCCGAAAAACAUGUUAGCAACAUGAGUACCAGGAUGAAGAAACUGCAUGAUACACGGGUUGGUGUCAAAGGGCAUAUGGAAACAAACAACAGAUGCAACUUGGAGAUACCGACUGGUGUACUAGAUUGGUUGGAAGCAGUCGAAAAGACUGAGGAAGAUGCUGAAAGAAUUUCUAGCAACGUCCAUGGGUGUUUUAAUUUGAAAAAGAGGUACCGAACAGGAAGGAAGGCGUUCAAGAUUGCCAGGGAAAUUGAAGGUCUUAUUAAAGAUAAUACUGAUACAAGCUGGAGUGAUGCUCCCAAACCUCUUGGAAAAGUGAGCUCCAAAAAGGCAUCCACUUCUGCACCGUCAGAUGGUGAUGAUGCUCACAAUUUCUUCAAUUCAAGAGACAAGAUUUUUAAGGAGGCGCUCGGUUUCCUUCAACAAGAUCACAAGGCCCAAGUGGUAGCCCUGUGCGGAAUGGGUGGCGUGGGGAAGACCACAAUGAUGGAACAACUGAAAAAGGCUGUGGAAGAUAAGAAAAUGUUUGAUUGGGUUGUGAAGGUGGUUAUCGGGGAAAAGAUGAACACAUUUUAUAUUCAGCAAACCGUGGCAGAAUACUUGCAAAUUCCUUUAACCGAAACAAGUACAACAGCAAGGGCAGAUCGUCUUCGCGUAACAUUUGGGAACAUUUCACAAGAAAGAAAACAGAAGGUUUUAGUAAUAUUGGAUGAUGUUUGGGAGAAGGCUGAGCUUAAAGACAUUGGACUAUGUCCUUUGCCAAACGGCUCCAAGUUGUUGCUAACAUCAAGAAAUGAAAACGUUUGUACACAAAUUGUUGCAGAAGAUGAUUUAGAUCUUAGAGUUGUUAGAGUAGAUGUGAUGGAGGAGUUAGAAGCGAAUAAUUUCUUUUUUCAUAUUUCAAAAGUUUCAGACCCGGACCUCAAAGAAAUGGGAGUUAAAAUCGUGAAAAGAUGUGGUUUCUUACCCUUGGCCAUCAAACUCAUUGCAACAAACCUUAGAUCUAAAGAAAAGUGGGCAUGGAGGAAUACACUUCACCGUUUGAAGAAAAAUGAACUCGAUAAGAAUGUGCAAAAAAUUGUUGAGAUAAGUUAUAACUUUUUAGCUGAUGAAGAUGCUAAAGCAGUUUUUUUGCUUUGUGGGUUGUUUCCAGAUGACUUCAAUAUUCCAAUCGAGGAACUGACAAGAUUCGCAUGGGGGCUUAAGUUGUUCAAUAAAGUUACUACUCUGGGGGCCGCUAGAGACCGGACAAAAACAUGUGUCGGCGUUCUAAAAAAUGCAAGUUUAUUGAUGGAUAGUGAUCACUCCGAGUGUGUCAAAAUGCACGAUCUUGUGCUUGCUUUUGUGGUUGCUAAAGUUUCUGAAGGCGAAGAUCCAUGGAUCAUUAAGCACGGUGAUAAUGUUUCUGAAUGGAGUAGAGCUGAAACAACGAGCGAGUCUUGCACAAGAAUUUCUUUGACAUGUAUGGGCAUGUCUGAGUUCCCGGGAGACUUUAAUUACCCAAACGUAUCCCUAAUGAGACUUAUGAAUGGCGAUAAAUCGCUUAAGUUUGCUGAAAAUUUUUAUGAGAAAAUGGAAAAUCUUCAAGUUAUGGCGUGUGAGAAGUUGCAAUAUCCAUUGCUUCCCACAUCGCUUCAAUGCUCUACCACCCUUCGAACAUUGUGUCUCCAUAAAUGCUCAUUGAUGUUUGAUUUCUCUCCUAUUGGUGAUCAUCUUUUGAACUUGGAAGUGCUCAGCUUUGCUCAUUCUGGCAUCAAAUAUUUACCAUCUGCAAUCGGGAAUCUAGUGAAGCUAAAGCUACUGGAUUUGACAGGUUGUAUCGAUCUACGAAUCGAUGAAGGCGUCUUGAAAAACUUGGUCAAGCUUGAAGAGCUUUAUAUGAGGGUUGCUAACAAAAAGGGCAUCAAAUUCACAGAUACAAACUAUAAGGAAUUGGGAGAACGUUCCAAGAAUCUAUCUGCAUUGGAAGUUGAAUUCAUUGAGAACAAUCCUCACUCAAAGAAUAUGUUGUAUAAUAGACUCGAAAGAUUCAAGAUAUCCAUAGGACGUUAUUUAGAAAGACAUGAUAUUGUCGAAGACAUGCACUCAUCCGAAAACACGCUGAUGUUCAAAGUCGCUAACAAAGAUGAAGUGUUGGAAUCUGGAAUGAUAGAGUUGUUUUCGAAAACAGAAGUGCUUUACUUGGAAGCUGGCAGUGGCAUGAAUAACCUUGAAGAAGUUUUACCGAAAUCCGUACCUCGACACAGCUUGUUUUAUAAUUUAAGAGUCCUUUAUAUUGACAACUGUGUCGACAUGAGAUACCUGUUUACAGUCCCAGUAGCAAGGGGCCUGGUGAAGCUUGAGCGUCUCACAAUUUGGAAUUGCCCUGUUAUGGAAGCACUAGUAUACAGCGAAGAAAAUGGUAUAGAAGAAAUUAGGUUUCAGGGGCUAACGUUUCUAAAUUUGAAUAAUCUACCAAAGUUGGAAGGUUUGUCGUCCAACACUAACAAUAUUGUAAUCCAUCUACCGCAACUAGUGAAGUUGGUACUCGCAGGCCUUCCAAACUUGACAAGCAUUUAUCCGGCGGGAGAGUAUAAAUCAUCGAUUAUGUCCAGUGGCAGUUCUACUAUUAUUAAACCUUUCUUCAAUAAACAGGCUAUGAUCCCUCCUAGGUUGGAGAGAUUGGAAAUUUGGAGGAUGGAGGCAUUGAAGAAUAUAUGGCCGGAAGUAGUUGAUGAUGCCACCUGCUGCUGCUCAUUGCGAUAUAUCUCAGUGGUAUCAUGUCAUAAUCUUGUGAAUGUGUUUCCGAGGAAUCCGAUGCCAUUGUUGCCUCAUCUUGAAACAAUCUGGGUUAAUGGUUGUGGUUCCAUUCAACCGUUAUUCGACAUUGAUGUUGGUGAAGAAGGCGGCGGUAUUAGUAAAUUGAGAUCCAUUGGGGUAUAUAACUCAGAGAGGCUUACAGAGGUGUGGAGGUUGAAAAGAGGAGGAGCUGCCGUACAUAUUAACCACCCUGAUAAUGAUGAUGAUGUCAUCAUUUGUGGCUGCUUUCAAGCUGUUGAAAACAUAUACAUAUUUAACUGUAAGAGCUUUAGGAAUGUAUUUACACCAACCACCGCUAGGUUUGAUCUGGGAGCACUAAAGAUUCGAAUAAACGACAGAGCACUAAAGACUCACUUGGUGGAAAGUCUACCGGAUCAUAUUGAUACUCAUCUCAAGCCUUCCAUUGAAAGUCCACCACAAGUUGAGUUGAAAGAGCUCCCAUCUCAUUUGAAGUAUGCAUUUUUGGGAGAAGAACAAACUUUACCGGUGAUUAUUGCAUCAAAUUUGGAAGAAGUGCAAGAAAAGGCAUUGCUAAAAGUGCUCAAGGAAAACAAGGCGGCCAUUGGGUGGACAAUUGCCGACUUGAAAGGCAUUAGUCCAUCAAUUGUGAUGCAUAAGAUAAUCACCAAUUCUGAAGCAAAACCUUCACGUGAUGCUCAAAGAAGGUUGAAUCCUCAUAUGCGUGAAGUUGUGAAGAAGGAGGUGCUAAAAUGGUUGGAUGCUGGAAUUGUUUACCCAAUUUCGGAUAGUACAUGGGUGAGUCCAACACAAACGGUACCUAAGAAAGCCGGAAUUCAAGUGGUGAAAGGAGAUAGUGGUGAGCAAAUUGCUACCCGACCCAUCACCGGGUGGAGGGUGUGCAUUGAUUACAGGAAAUUGAAUACCGCUACUUCAAAAGAUCAUUUCCCAUUAUCAUUCAUUGAUCAAAUCAUCGAAAAACUUGCAGGCGAAUGCCAUUCGGUUUGUGUAAUGCUCCAGCCACCUUUCAAAGGUGUAUGA